AUGACAUCAAAAAGUUUUGUCCAAACUCAAGCACAACAAUUUAAUCGUCAUCAACUCCCCCAAAAUUUUACAAACGAUACUACUGAAUCAUUAAGAUCGAAACUAACAUCACCUGAAACGAUAAAUGAUCAAUUUAAUACGUUAUCAUUAUUAUCAUCAACUCCACUCUCAUCAACAGUCUCAUUAUCAUCCAGACCGUUUCAUCGUCAAACAACAUUUAGUCCACCACCAAAUUUUGGUCGUUCUAUAAACACAAAUCAUCAUAAUUCACAACGACGAUAUUCAGUUAAUAAUCAACAUCAAAACGCUGUCAAUGAUAACAAUGAACUUGAACAUUAUUAUCCAUUAAAGACAAAAUCAUAUUCUAAUGACAAUGAUGAGUCGUCGGAUGAAUCAAUAUCAAUUGAAUUUCCGCCACCGCCUCUCGAGUUCUUAACCCUAUCCUCCGAUGGCCAUACCAAAAAUGAAAAGAAAAAUGUAUACAGUUUAACAACAAAACAAACUUGUUUACCAGCUCAGACAGCUCCAGAGAAUUCAUUUUUUCGAACCGUUGUUCAUAAGUCAGAUUCAGGUUCAUCAUUGUCGAAUUCGUAUCAAUCAGAUUUAGAAUCAUCAUCAUCUCCAGUAUCGAUGAAUCAACAGCAUCCAUCAGAUAGAAAAACGCCAACAAGUCGUGCCUUGAUCAGCGUCAGUUCAUCACAAACACCUUUCAUUAGAAUUGCAGCCGGCUCUCCCACUCGUUCAGAAAUUCGUGUAUCAGCAUCACCAAAAUCGACUAGUUUUCAUGAAAUUCGAAUAUUAAGACCCGAUUCACCAUCAAUUAUUCUGAAUCGAAAUCAAAUUGGAAAUGGAACAGCGGCUAUUAGUAGUGGAAGUGGCGGUCGCUUUCAUAUUUCUGUUGGUGCACCUAAUCAUAAUCAUUAUCCGCAACAACAAUCAGAAAGUUUUUUGUUCCAACAGCCUAUUAGUGUGCACGGCAGAACUUCAUCAGCAUUUCGACACAUUGAGGUACCUUUUCAAAGAGAAAACAAUGAUUAUCAAAAUAAUCAGCAUACAUCAAAUUUAAUAUCAAAUCAUUUAAAACCUUUAUUUGCUUACGGUAAUAAUAAUAAUACGAACAAUAUUAACACAUCAAUAAUAGACCGUCGAUCACCUGUGCCAUCACAGCAACGUCCAGUUUCACGCGGCGCUACAUCUUCAUUUACAUUAUCGACAUUGCCUCCAUCAACACCAGCUCCAAGUUCAUCAUCAGUAUCUAGUCUUUCACAAUCAGUACCAUCAACAUCAUUAAGUAGUGGGCAAGGCGUAUCAAUGGGAAAAGAAGCAGAAAUAGAUCAACUAACCAAGAUACUUAUGAAAAGUAUGAAUGUCUCGAAUAAACCAAAUUUUUUUGGCAUGUGUGCCAGAUGCAAUGAUGAAAUUAUUGGUCAAGAAAAUGGACUAGUUGCGAUGGAUCGAAUGUAUCACGUUGGUUGUUUUACAUGUUCAAUGUGUGCGUGUCGUUUAAGAGGAAUGCAUUUUUAUGCAAUGGAAAAUAAGCCAUAUUGUGAAUCAUGUUAUAUAGAUUGCCAAAUACAAUUUGCAACCGAUGAAGGUUGCUAUCCGUUAAAUGAUCAUAUAUUAUGUAUUCAAUGUAAUCGCAAUCGUAUGCAUAGUUUGAGCAAUAAUAAUCAAAAAAAUAAUAGCACAUCAAUAAUCAAUAAUAAUAAUAAUAAUAAUAAUAACAAUCAUUAUCAUCUUCAGAAUGAUACUGACGAUCUUUGA